CUUCCGUCAAUUUCUUAUCUUAUCUGCUCAAGGCGUCAACGCACUUUUGACUGAUUUUUAUUCGAUUAUUCGAUGAUUUCCUGAAGAGCCAGUAUCAGUCUAGCAAUCUUGUUUGGAGUGAAAAGAUCUACAUUGCAUUCCCAUAUACCCACGGUUCUCCAUCCGACAUCCAUCCCUCCAUCCGUUUCUUCGCUCUACGUCGGACACGUCAGCACAGAAAAAAUGGCAUAUCGAAAGCUUCAAGCUGUUAUCGUAGCCGUAUUGGUUGGUCGGGCUUCUGCACAGUUUUCUGGCUUGCCAGCGUGCGCACAAGGGUGCGUUACCACUGCCACAGGACCAGUUGGGUGUACAGCAUCGGACCUACAAUGUCUCUGUGGAUCGCGUCCAUUCCUCUCCGCCGUCCAACGUUGCAUAAGCCGAAACUGUGAAGAUCUUCAAGAAGCCGCAACGAGCUUGCAGAUUAUACAGAACGCGUGUGAUGCGACAACUGGAACAGGCACCUCCACAGGUACCUUCUCCGGAACUGCGACCGACACAUCGUCGGUUUCCUCACCCAGUUCUAUCCUCACAACUUCUAGUUCAACCAGCGAUCUAACCACCAGUAUAACGACGCCGUUGACCUCGUCCUCAGAGACCACUCCUCUGACUCAACCAACAACGACUUCGACCCCCACGACCCUUGUCACCACGGACACGAACACGGUCACUACCAUCAGCACCCCAGCUUCCGUUCCUCCUAUCCAAACUCCGACCUUUACAACCAAGCCCACCGCCAGUUUGACUGUUCAAGACAGCGGUUCGCCAGUUCAGACUCAGGGCGGUAAUGGAGCUAUGACUGCCCAUGUUUCUGGAUCGUUCUUGAGUACCAUAUGUGGGAUGAUUGGGGCAGCGCUGUUGGCAAUCUGAUUUGUGAUAUGAGAGCCUUUUUGGUAUUUGAUUGAUGUGCGGAAUGGAAGUGUUGUAUGUAAGUAUACCCUAGCUGUUUUUAUUCCUUUUUACUGUUCCGAUCUGUUCUUUUCGUUCUUACGAAAGGGGAGCCUAUGUGUGGGUUUUGUGUCAUGUUUUUUUUGGCUUGUUGAACUUUCAAUACACGCUCUUUCUGAAAUACAUAUAUUACUUGAACCUUACUUUGAAACUCAUUGAUAGUUUCCCGUAUCAUGAUACAUGGCUGUCCAUGCGCAGUCGAUGUUCGCAGCUA